AUGAUAAGAUCAGUUUCGCUAGGCGUCUCUGUUUUAGCUACGGGAAUGGCUGUAUCCAAGUCAUCAAUCAUCAAAAAUGAUUCAUCAUCAAGCAGAAAAUUCUAUGAGGACGACGCAGAGGUUGUCCCACUCCCUGGAACUAUAGUCCCCGCGCCAGCCUCCGAGGUCAAGACAUUGGGAGAAAACAGACUUGUUGAUGGCAUAUCGGUACGAUCCACCGAUUCAACAGAGAACUUUUUCAAAAACGCUAGAGAGUUUACUUCAGCUAGGGCCUCUGACUUAUCCAACUGGGUCAACAAGAACUACACAAAAUUCAAUGACACGGAAAGGCUCAUUACGUCAACGGUGAGUGACUUACAUCACAAGAAGGAGGAUCUUUUGCCAAAUGGUAUAUACGUCAUAGUUGCAGCUUUGGCAGGAACAAUUGCCGCUAGACCUCGUGGAGUGAUUGCCAAACUCACAUUUCCUGUGAUAACCGGCUUGGCAGCUUUCAAGUACUUUUUACCAGUUACAUUUGACAACACGCGGGAGUUUACAUGGAGAUUGGAGCAAAAGAAUGUUCCCCAAGUUGCACAACAACAAGCCAAUGCUUACCAAAAUGUUGUUGGAUUGGCCAGAUCUAUCGAAGAAGGUGCUGAACGCAAUGUCAGACGUGCAGAAAGUGGAGCCCAUUCUUUGAAAAAGUCCAUUGCCAACAUCACUGGACUCAAUUUGGAUGAAGAGGUUUCGAAGAAGAAGUAG